AUGGCUUUUGAAGAAAACACUAAUAAAAUAUAUAGUGGAAGUGAUGAGCCAGUGCAGUGUAUUAAUAUCAAGACGGGGGUAAUUGAAGCAACAGUCCCUCAGGCAGCGGAGUUGGCGCCAGCAGCCCACGGUUCGCUGUUAGAUCCUGCGUGGCUGUUGCUGGGUUUCCCACUGCUGGGCAGCGCGUGGCACACGGCGUGCUUCCUCUGCCUCACCUUCGCCUGCUACCUGACGGUGUUCCGCCUUGUUCGCUGGAACCGGUCGACUCGCCACCGCCUGGAGGACAACCUGGACCGCCUGGUGACCAUGAAGCAGUUCAGCGAGCUCACUGACCAGCACCAUCGCGUCCGCACGCAGAUGAACCACCAGGUGCACAUGUACGGGCUACUGGAUGAAGAGGUCGAUCGUCUCCGAGAUGACGCGAAAACACUGCUCAAGACGGUCGCGUCGGCAGAACGUGCUUUACUGCCAGCAUGUGGUGUCGGCAGGAGCGGUUGAGGCUGCGCGAACUGCAGGAGAGCCAGCAGCACCAGCAGCAGCAGCA